CGCUUUCUAGUGUUUAAAAUUUUCAUCCACACAUCGACAUAAUUGUUUUCUUUUCUUUUGGUCCGCCUCCGACUUGCUGUACUUAUAUAAUGAACAGCUACCAAGACUUCAGCGCUGGCUCGCAAUACACGUUUGAUAUGGCGAAUGGCCGUGAAGGUAAUUCGUUCGGGGAUAUGCAGCCUAGAUGGCUGCACUUGGACAAUCAGCCACUUCAAAUGCAUGGUUACGAGCAGAGUUCAGCAGGCGAUAAUGACGGUUACUCCAGCUAUUGGCCAAGCGUAGAUAUCACGAUUCAACCUUAUGCUCACUCGCACCACCUUUCCGUCUCGAGUUUCUCAUCAGCAACCCCAAGCUUCCGUUCUUCACGCAACAGCGGGUUUUCAGAAACAUCACUGCGCGACUCGGUCGCAUCGUCUGCUUCGGGCUGGUCCCGCGCAUCCAAUGGAUUCCCAGAUCAACAUGUUUUGCAGACAAAGCAGCUACUGAGCCGCAGAUCUUUGUCCCAGUCGUCGAACAUGUCGAGUCCAGCCGAAGAACCUAGUUCCGUGCCUGCAAAGCGACGAGCAGCCAAGAAACCAGCUGCGCAAGAGAGGGAUUACUUCAAGACCUGUGUUUCAGCGAACAAGCAACCCAGGACAUGCAGUAAAGAGCACAGGUACUUCUGCACCAGCUGCAAGAAGCCCUUUGUCGAAAAGGCCGACUGGAAGCGCCACGAAGAAACGUAUCAAGAGCGUCCGGAGAUGUUCCAAUGCGAUCUCUGUCCCGCCAUAUACUUUCUCGAAAAAGACUUUACAGGCCACCACGUGCAGUCGCAUCGCUGCGCGCCCUGCAGCGGCUCCACCAAAUGGAACCGGAAAUCCCACGUCCUAUCCGCCAAACGGAGCCGCAUGACGCGCACAGGCUGGGGCUGUGGCUUCUGCUGCCAUUUCAGUUCCGACUGGACUGAGCGCUGCAACCAUCUCGCGCACCACAUGGAGAAACAGGGCCUCACGGCUUCGCACUGGAUCCACAGCAACGUCAUUCAAUCGCUGCUGCAGCGCCCUCAGAUCUACUACGAGUGGCGCCGCGUUGUGCAGGGCAUGCAGCUCCACACUGUGCUGUGCUUGUGGAGCCAGCAUUCAACCGGCCGCGUCGAGGGCUAUCCCGAAAGUAAUCCCGUGGCCCAGCUUCAAGAUUACCUCGAGUACUUCACACCCGACCAGGAUGCCGCGGCGCUGGCGCAGCUAGCCUACAGGAAAAUGAUUAGGCAUUCUGCGCCGUCGGCGGAACCCCCGCCUGUGCCGCUGAAAGACCGCCGUGCAAAAGCGCUGCAGGAUUGCACCAAGCAUACGGAGCUUUGGUCGCAGUUUAUGGAUUCAGUGCUUGAAGAUGAGGUUCUGCCCAGAGGCGUUUGCCAUACAGAGGAUUGGUACGCGGCUUGAUGCCGCUUGCGACUGGAACCGAGGAAAAAGAAGAAAGAAAAAUAGCUUAAUGUUUAAUGUAAUGAUGAAUUUUGCAGUGGUGGUAGAACAAGAAGAAGAAGAAGAAGAAGAAGAAGGAAAAGUUCACGUCAGGCAAUGCAGACACACAAAGAGCUAGGAAAAUGCCGGGAUUUUGAUUAUCUAGAGCUCACGUACACCACAGACGAGAGCUAAC